AUGUACACCAUCACCAAGGGGCCCAGCAAGCUGGUGGCGCAGCGCCGCACAGGGCCCACGCAGCAGCAGGUGGAGAGUCGGCUGGGCGAGCUCCUGAAAUGCCGGCAGCCCGCGCCGCCCACCCCGCCGCCCCCGCGGGCGCAGCCCCCCGGACCUUGGCCCCUGCUGAGUACAGGGCCAAGGCUUGUGUUCAAUCGAGUGAAUGGCCGGAGGCCCCCUACCACGUCCCCAUCCAUCGAGGCGACCCAGGAGACCUACACACUGGCCCACGAAGAGAAUGUCCGCUUUGUGUCCGAAGCCUGGCAGCAAGUGGAGCAGCAGCUGGGUGGUGGCCCAGCCGGUGAAAGCAGCCCGAGGCCUGUGCAGUACGUCGAGAGGACCCCCAACCCCAGACUGCAAAACUUCGUGCCCAUCGACCUGGAUGAGUGGUGGGCACAGCAGUUCCUGGCCAGAAUCACUAACUGCUCCUAG